AGCUCAGCUACAAUAACAGUCCCUGGACUCUGCUUGAGUCUGGAUUUCAGCAUACAGGGCCAGUGUGACAUCAACCUCUCCCAGAUCCUACUCUCAGGCCGGCCAUCCAGGGUCCUACCCCUCAGUAUCUGAGGCCCUCCCUGGGAGAGCUAUCUCCUGAAGAGUACCCACCUCUGGAGGUCUGACUCAUAAUAUCCCUGUGAGAUCUGUACUUUUGCAGCACAUUUCCACUGGCAUGAUUCAACAAUAGCAAUGGAUCUUGAAGGUUCACGUAUCCAAGAUGAUCCCCAUGUCAAGGUGAUGAUGGCAGGGUCGACUUUGAGAAAAGUAAAGUCCCGUUCAUGGAAGAAGCAGCGGCAUUUCCGCCUCCUGGAAGACGGCCUGACGAUCUGGUACAAGUCCAGAUGGGCAGGGAGAGGCCACUCCACUUUCUCAAUUACUGAGGUGGAGGCAGUGCGUGAGGGCCACCAGUCGGAGGUAUUGCUGAGCAUUGCUGAAGAGUUCCCUGCUGACCUCUGCUUCACCUUGGUGUUUCACGGUCGCCAAGGCAACCUGGACCUCGUGGCGGAGUCCACAGAGGAGGCCCAGGCCUGGAUCCAGGGAGUGCGCAAGCUGAUUCACAAGACUCAGACGAUGGAUGAGAAGGAGAGGCUAGACCAGUGGGUCUGGGACUGGUUUAAUAAAGCUGAUAAAAACAAAGAUGGGAAAAUGAAUUUCAAAGAGGUGCGGAAACUGCUGAAGAUGAUGAACGUAGAGAUGAAUGAGGAACAUGCUCUGCACCUCUUCACGAUGGCUGACAAGUCCGAGAGUGGCUCUUUGGAAAUCGAGCAGUUUGUCCACUUCUAUAAGAUGCUGACUCAGAGGGAUGAAGUGUGGAAGGUGUUCCAGGAUUUCUCCGGAGAUGGAGAGAAGUUGAUGUUGGAGGAGCUGGAGAACUUCCUGAGGACAGAGCAACAGGAGGGAGAGCAGAGUGCCCAGCACGCCCAGGAGCUGACGGACCGCUAUGAACCAUCUGAAUCAGCCAAGCAGCAAGGCGCCAUGACGUUUGAUGGCUUCCAGAUGUACCUGUGCUCACAGGAGGGAUCCAUAUUUAAACCUGAGCAUCGGCAGCUUCACCAGGACAUGAGCCAGCCGCUUAGCCACUACUUCAUCUCCUCCUCACACAACACCUAUCUCCUGGAGAACCAGCUGCGAGGACACAGCAGCCUGGAGGCAUACAUCAAGGCCCUGAAGAGAGGCUGCCGCUGUGUAGAGGUGGACUGUUGGGACGGCAGUGAUGGGGAACCGGUUGUGUAUCAUGGUCACACUUUGACUUCCAAGAUUCUUUUUAAAGACGUCAUUUCAACGCUGAAAGAAUACGCCUUCAAGGUAUCGGACUUCCCAGUCAUCCUGUCCCUUGAGAAUCACUGUAGUGUUGAGCAGCAGACGGUCAUGGCCCAGCACCUCAGUCAAAUCUUGGGUGACACACUACUGACAACCCUGCUGGAUGGGCUGAUCCCUCAACAGCUUCCCUCUCCACAGGAACUAAAGGGGAAAAUUUUGCUGAAAGCCAAGAAGAUUGGCGGUCUAGAAGUGUGUCUCGAUGAAACCCUGACAGAUGAAGUUAGUGAUGAGGAAGAGAUGGCCGACGGUGAGUGCUCAGACGACCCACCUGCUGAGAGUCUGGAGCACAAUGCGAAGAAAUCCAAACUAUCCAGGGAGCUGUCCGACUUGGUGGUUUACUGCAAGAGUGUGCACUUCCAUGGCUUUGAGCAUGCUCGUUUACACGGCAAAUGCUAUGAGAUGUCCUCAUUCUCUGAAUCCAAGGCCAAGAAGCUCGCUAAAGAAGCAGGCACAGAUUUUGUGCAGUACAACACAAAGCAGAUGAGCAGGAUCUACCCCAGUGGCCUCAGGACGGACUCCUCCAACUACAACCCGCAGGAAAUGUGGAAUGUGGGCUGCCAGAUAGUGGCUCUGAACUUCCAGACAGCUGGUCUGGAAAUGGAUCUGAAUGAUGGGCUGUUCAGGCAGAAUGACUGCUGCGGCUACGUCCUCAAGCCUGACUUCAUGAGAGAUGGCAGCACUCAGUUCAGUCCAGAGAAACCAGACGGGCAGCAAGGCUACAAACCACUCCGCUUAUCCAUACAGGUGAUCAGUGGGCAGCAGCUACCAAAGGUCAAUCAAAAAGAGGGCUCUAUUGUAGACCCCCUGGUCAGAGUGGAGAUCUAUGGAGUGCCACAGGACCAGGCCAGGGAAGAGACCAGUCACAUUAACAACAAUGGUUUCAACCCAGUGUGGAAUGAAACUUUAAAUUUUGUCAUCCACACCCCUGAGCUGGCACUGGUUCGCUUUGUGGUGGAGGACUACGAUAAGGCGUCCAGGAACGACUUCAUGGGACAGUUUACUCUUCCGUUUACAUGCCUCCAAGCAGGAUAUCGGCACAUACAUUUGCUCUCUAGAGACGGGACAGCUAUCCCUCCCUCCUCCCUCUUUGUCAACAUCAGCAUCUCUGAGCUCACAUGAACAAGUCAAAUCUGAGGAUAUCAAGCCAGGGCUGGUCCUGCGUCUUCAUUUACCUGACGAAGGAUGAGAACACCAAUACUUUUAUCUGAUAUUGGGCCUAGGCUAAAGAAGGGUAGUGGAAAAUGUAUCAUACUGAACAUUCCCCACUAAAUGAAUAAGCGAUCAGCAAGUAACAUGUCAGAAAUCAGACUCAGCAUUAUUCACUUAAACAAGGAUUUCUGUAAUAGAGGAUUAUAUUAGCAGUGACAAAAAAAAGCUAGCUACUGUCCAUGUAUGUCUGCCUGUAUUUAUUUCUGUUCUCAUGACAAACGUGUGCAAUUCUCAAUUCAAUUUUUUAUGGAAAUAUUGACCGCAAGCUAUUCAUAUUGACACAUGAAUAUUUUCCAUCAUUCUAUAAAUAAAUGAUUGCUGCAUGUCUAGAAUGUCUUAAUAUAUCAUUUGCCUUUAAAUGUACUGUAUAUGUGGAAGUAACUUAAAGUGUAUAGUCCACAGUACAAAAAGUAAUAAAAUAAAAUAAACCAAUACUACCAAUAGUAUAAACAAUUAAAGUACCCAUAGCUUUGCAUCAUAUUGUUCUCCAAUUAAGUGCCUGCUUGAGUUAUUUCUAUAUACCUAUGUACAAAUUCCACAAGUUUAUGUUGCCUAUCAUGUAAAUGUAUGUAUAUACAGUAUAGGCCUGUAAAUACAUGCAAUAAAUUUUCUGAAUGGUUCAACA